AUGUUAGAAACGAAGACGCACCCAAACCCAUCUCUACAUAUCAAAGCUUUCAGCGCCAUUAAAAGGGAGAAACAGACACGAGUAGCCCCUACUUGUAUGGCGCAGACGAGCUUAAGACGGCAAAUCAGACAAACGCCCCUAUCCGGUUGCGAUCCCUGUAGGGAGAAAUUAAGAAGGCAGAUAGGAGGGACAGGAAAUAAGGGGGAGAAGCUGCAGAAAGAAGGGAACAAGAGAAGGAUUCAAUUCAUGGAGAAAUAUAGUAUCAUGACGCAGGAGACAAAAGUAAAAAGGCCGGAGGAGAAAGAAGAAGGAAAAGUCCAUGAAGAUAUGAAACAAAAAUUCGCCUCCGAUUGUUUCCCCUUCUCCCAAUGGCCGUCUUUGCCUCUCCCUUUUCCAUGA